GAUACAUGUCGCUUUUAAUCAGAAAAAAGGUCUUGGUUUGUGCAGCGUCCUUUUCCAGGACAUUGUCAGUAUUUCCUACCACUUCCAAUGCAAUUCGCUGUCGAUCUCUCUCUCUGUUAUCACGCCCGUCUAUCCAAAUCAAGUCGGUUGUUUCUGCCACUGCUAUUAAACGGCUUCCCCGUCAAGUUGCCAUGUCUAGCCCACUCAGUACAAAGACUACUCCUCCUCCAGUCGAUCCUGUACAGCAUGCUGUAGUAAGCACAUUUGAUUUGUUCUCUAUUGGUGUUGGUCCAUCGUCAUCACAUACCGUGGGCCCAAUGCGUGCAGCCAAGAUUUUUGUUGAACAUAUUGCUGAUCUAGGUGUCUUGGAAAAGACUCAGCAAAUGCGUGUUGAUCUUUAUGGAUCGUUGGCGCUUACUGGAAUUGGUCACGGAACUCCCAAUGCAGUCUUGAUGGGACUCGAAGGUGAAACCCCAGAGGGUGUUGAUACACACUCCAUUAUCCCUCGUGUCGAAACCAUGUACAAGGACAAGACUCUCAACCUGAAUGGCCAUCACAGCAUUCCAUUCGUUCCUGAUAAGCAUUUGAUUUUUCAUUUUCGUGAAUCUCUUCCUCAGCAUCCCAAUGGUAUGCGCUUUUCUGCUUACGACGGAAAAGGUGAUCUGAUUGCUACCAACGAAUUCUUUAGUAUCGGUGGUGGCUUUGUUGUCAAUGAAGAGACUAAAUUGGCCGAAAACGCAUACUAUAAGGAUGCACGUGUCGAUCAUGCUCAGGAUAUCACCAUCUCUGCUGCUGCCGAAGAAGUUGCUAGUCAUGCUCCUCCUCCACUACCAGACCUUUCUACACCCAUCGAGCCUACUUCAGACUCUUCAGUACCCGUUGCCAAAACCCAGUCAGAUUCGAUCGUUGCUGCUUUGCCUUUUUACGAUGCCGAGUCGCUUUUGCGCAUUUGUGAAACAGAGAAUCUUUCGAUCGCUCAGGUGGUCUUCCGUAACGAAUUACAGUGGCGUUCGGCCGAGGAAGUUGCUGAGCGUACCCUCAAGCUUUGGGAUGUCAUGAACUGCAGUAUUCAGAAUGGUAUUGCGUCCGAGGAAGAAUAUCUUCCUGGCCAACUUCGUGUUCGUCGUCGCGCGCCUGCUCUUCAUAAACGUCUUAUGGCUGGUAUUGCGGACUAUGCUGGAUUUUCGUCUGGCCCUGUUGGGAAUACUGGCAAUGUGCCCAAACCUGUACCUAACUCUACUAAAAUUACCCGGGGUGCUGUUCCUUCUCGACCUGCUCGUCGUAAUCUUCCCGCUCUUGAUUGGAUCUCACUGUAUGCUCUUGCUGUCAACGAAGAAAACGCUGCUGGAGGUCGUGUCGUAACUGCUCCUACAAACGGUGCUGCUGGAACCAUUCCGGCUGUUCUCAAAUACUAUCUCGAGUUCAUCUGUCCGUCCCGGGCUCAAAUGGAACAAGAUAUCAUUGAAUUUAUGCUUACGGCAGCUGCUAUUGGUAUGCUGUAUAAGCGAGGAGCAAGCAUUUCGGCUGCUGAGAUGGGAUGCCAAGGCGAAGUAGGCGUCGCAUGCUCCAUGGCUGCUGCUGCGUUUACAGCCGUCAUGGGUGGUACUGUCGAACAAAUUGAAAAUGCAGCCGAGAUUGGUAUGGAGCACAACUUGGGUCUUACGUGUGAUCCACCAAUGGGACUGGUGGUCAUUCCGUGCAUCGAACGCAAUGCUUUGGCGGCAGUCAAGGCAGUCACGGCCGCUCAACUUGCUUUAAACGGCGAUGGAUCACAUCGUGUCACUUUGGAUCAAGUUAUUGCUACCAUGAGGCAAACGGGUAUUGACAUGAUGUCCAAAUACAAAGAGACCAGUGAGGGUGGUUUAGCGGUGAAUGUCCCUGUGUGCUAACAAAAGCGAUUUAAACAAUAAGAGUAUCAAGAAUACCCGAUUCUGCAUUUCUCUUUCAAAUACAAUAACAUUAAACUCGUGUCUGACUGUAUUCAUCUGGCAGGCAUCAAAGAUGAUGGGAAUCUGGUACAUUUUUAAAGUAACCAUGUAUCAACUAUUCAAAUAAAGUUUAGUUUUUAUUCCA